UCCUCGAGAAGAUAAUCCAACUGUGAGUCAGUCGUCUCAUGGUUACAUUUUCAGAUGAUGCCUCGUGAAGAGUGGGUGAGGAAGAUGUGAAAGAUUUUUGACAUUGCAGGAAGAGGAAUAGAGAGAGAGAGAGGGAGAGAGAGAGAGAGAGAAAGCCAGGCGAUUGUUCCCGAAUCGGCGGGAGGGAAGUAAGGCCAUUUUGAAAUGAUCAGCAGGACAGUAGACUUAAAGUAUAGAUAGAUGUCAGGCACUUCCUCACUGUCACACACACUCACUCACUCUCUUUGUUGGCAUUAUAUCGGAAAGCCAUGCUCUAAAAGCCCUUAGGCUAAGGAUAUGUUGACCGGCACACGGAGAAUCGAACCCACAAGUCGUUCGAGGAUCGGACCGAGGGAGGGUUUUAUGGUAGAGCAAACAAUGAAAGGGCAAAUGUAUGCUUAUCACAGUACGCGCUCGAAACAGACUAAAAACAAAGACCUGCAAGGCAAAGGAUGGGAAGGACCCCCGCCCCCACAUCAGGUGAUGCAUGCUGGAACUGAAGAGCAGCUAAAGGGAGAGGGUGGCGAGCUGGCCACGGAAACUAAAGCCUGUCUCCAAUAACAGAAAGCAAAAUGGUUCAUUUUCUACAUUCCGCACGAGUCUACCUAUUCUGCCGAUCACGCUGUGACCUCUAGAAAUUUACUACUGCAUGCACUUUUUUUGAGAACCAAAAGUGUUUCGGAACGGCCAGAUUCGGAACGAGACACAAAUGAACAACGACUCUUAUAGAUCACGUACAAAGAUAUUAUGACAUUUUUUUUUCGUUUCUCAGGUGAGUACCUCCUUCAACUUUAGACAUGUGAUAUAAGUCAUAACAAUGAGUGAUUUGUUUAUCUACUUUAUAUCCCAAUAUUUGUGCAGAUGUACCACAACACCACCCCAAGUCUAAGCUUGAGGAAGAUCGUAUGCCCAGUUCAAAAGGUUAACGACAUUCGAAUUUACAGUCCUUUGAAUUUACUUUGCAUUUUCCAUGCAUGUUC